AUGGAACUCCCGCCGCCCCACGUCCUGCUCCAGCUUGACGCCAUCAUCGUCGCGCAACGCGAGAGCGAGUCUCUGAGCGACGGCAAUUCGCCGCCGCCGGUGAUGGCCCCACCCGCCCCGCCGCCGGCGUCGACGCCUCGCGCGUUGGGCACGCCACCGGCUCCGCGCGCCGUCGUGCCCCGGGACGCACAGACAAGGCCACGCGCCGUAGCGCCGCGCCGCACCUACCCGUGCCCGGCGAGCUGCGGCUGUGGCCUACCUCAUCGGCGUUGUGGCGAAUGUGCUCCCUGCCGGGCAAAACAGGGCGACGUCUGCCUCGCACCCAGGCCAGGCGCGCCGGCACCGCAGCCCGCGACGAGGCGACACGUCGCGUCGACGGCGUCGGCCUGGGUCACCGUCUGCACGGACCUGCUCGAGGCGCUCAAGGAUCGCACGAACAUGAGGGGCCUCCACGAGCCGCUGGUGAGCCGUGGCUUCAUCUGUGGCGCGGGACAGGAGAAUGAAACCAAAUUCGCCGUCACGGUGCCUCAAGACUUCCCGUGCUACUACGACGUCACCGGCAAGGACUACGUAACCCAUGACUAUGCGCAGUCGUUGUCCGCGUUGAGGAAGUACCUCGAGGGCGCCCUCGCCCUCGCGCGAACCGGCGGUGCCUACCGCACUGAGGCUGAGUACAAGCAGGCACCGGCGCCGGUCCCUGCCGCGCGGCCCGCGCCGGUCCGCGCCCCCAAGACCAGUCGAUUUACGGGCGUGCGCCGGCAUAGGGGCAAGUGGACCGCGCAGAUCAAAUUGCUAGGGUCUAAAGUUCACCUCGGCGACUUCGACGAGGAGGAGGACGCCGCGCGGGCCUACGACGCCGCGCUGGUCGAGUAUAGGAACGAGCCGGCCGUCAACUUUCCCGGGGAGGCGCCGCUCGCCUCAGUGUUGGCCGCGCUACCGCCGACGCUGGCGGCGGCGGCUACACCGCGCCGAUCUGGACGCGCGCCGGCGCCGAAGGUGAUUGUCGACCCCGAGGCGCCAACGCUCAGAGCGACAUUUAGUCACCGUUCGGCAAAGCGCAUGAAGUUCAAAUCGGAGCUAGAAAGGGUGUCUGUUGAGGGGGGCUAUCAGAAACAAAACGGCAAGUGGGCCAACAACCACGUUUUCCCCGGCCGCGAGUUCGACAACCUCGACGAGUAUCUUGCGGCGAAGAAGCAGCACGCAGAACAGCGCAUCGCAUAUUCGGAUCAGAAUAUCGGGCGCCGAGACUCCUCCUCUUCGGGAAAAUGGAGUAGCUUAAGACAUAUGCUUUAA